CUGCGGCAAAUUUGUUAACUGUUUAAUCAAUGGCAACAUUGGCCCCAGCCUUGUAAUAUGGCCGCUACAGGCAAGAAGACCAAAAAGCAAAAAUGGGUCAAAGCAAAUAUCACAGACAUUAUUGCAGAGCCCACUACAAUCGCUACUGCAAACACCUGGGCCGAUCCAGAUGAAGAAAGUGUCACAGCUAGUUAUGGGCACUCGGGAUCCCGAACCACUCGCCCGGUGGUGUUGCCAUCCGCGUCCAGAGCUGCGCGUGGAGGGCUCUCUGUGGAUGAUGAGAGCAUCCCCAAACGUCCACCAUACAUCGCACAUAUAUCCAACCUUCCAUAUGAUGUUGAUGACAGUGCUAUAUCUGACCUGUUUGAGGGCCUUAAGAUAUCCAACCUGAGACUUCCAAGGGAAGGAGACCGUCUCAAAGGAUUUGGUUAUGUAGACUUUGAAGACAGGGAGAGUCUUGUCAGUGCUAUGAACAUUCCUGACCUUACAAUAGGAGGUAGGAGAAUCAGAAUAGAGGUGUACACGAAAGAAAAUGAUCGUCGCGGAAUGGGACGCAGUGGCAUGGGUCGCUCGGAUAGAGACAGGGACUACGACCCAGAGCGUACAAUGGGUGACUGGCGAUCAGGUCCUCGGGCAGUGCCUGAGACUAAUCGUGCUAGACCCCCUGCCGAAAACAGGGACCGAGACAGAGAUCGCGACAGGGACCGUGAACGUGAACGUGAUUCAAGCGUCGACAACAAGCCAGGUGCUUGGCGUGACGCAGAAAGACCCACCGAGCCGCCACGCGCGCCAUACGGUGGACGAGAUUCGUACGGUCGGGAAAGAUAUGGGGAAAGGGAACGCGGUUUCGGGCGUGAAGAAGGCGGUCGCGAAAGGAGCGGUUACGGAGGCAGAGAUGGAUUCAGAGCUGCCGAGAGGGAUGGCGGAUUUAGUCGUGACAGCAGAGGAUUUGGUAGCAGAGGCUUUGGUGACCGUGACAGGGAUCCUCCUAGAGAAGAUUCCAAGCCCCGUGAGCGUCCCAAACUAAACUUGCUCCCACGUUCCGUGCCUCGUGACCCUGAAGUCCCAACGAAACCUGCGGAUGGGGCUCCCAUUGAUGAAAAGCCGGCGGCACCUAAACCCGUAGCCGCUGAGAAAGUCUUUGGUGGGGCCAAGCCCGUCGAUACGGCUGCUAAGGAGCGCGAAAUAGAGGAGCGCUUACGGAAGCAGGAAGAAGAAGCUCGUCGCGGUACUGAUGAAAAGGAGCGUUGGGGACGAAGGAACGAUCAAUCUGGCGAUAGACGCCCUGGUGCAAGACGUGAUGACCGCAGAGAGAACCGUAGUUACAACAGAGGUCGCGAGGUUUCAAAAGAGAAAGAGUCGCGCGACUCUCGGCCGCGAGAUAACCGCGACUCGGAGAAGGACAGGGAGGAUGGAGACGACCGCUCCCGCGAGAGGGACGAUCACGACUACAAAAAUGGCGAAGAGGUAGACGGUCAAGAGCAUCGCGAGCCUUCGGGCGAGAAAGAUGAAUCCCGGGAAAGGAAUGGACGUACCUCUCGCUCCAGGGACCGACGGGAAUCCGAUGAGAAACCACUGCCCAAGAUGAAGGAACAGGAGAAACCGAACUUCAUUGCAUCUAACAAAUUUAGUUUCCUAGAAGACGCGGACGACGCCGGGUCCGAUUAAUAGUGUUGACUUGAGUGCUAGUGUAAACUUGUGAUUCGACUGUAAAUUAUACGAGUGUACAUUAGGCUAAAUGCACACUGCGCUUCGAGGCCUGCCCCAGCCCUUAUUGUGCUAAGCUUUACUAUUGUAUCAUUUUAUUGUAUUGCAAUGCAAAAUAAAGCAUUUGUUACGGACAAACAUUUAUUUAAUAUAAAUGAAGAAAUAACAUACAAUCAUACAGAGCUAGUAUUCAUUGUUUGUCAUACCAUUAUAGCGAUAGUAUCGCUUAAUUACCCCGUCGUUAUCAUUUCGAGGUUAAUAGUGAGUUGUAUAAUGACGGCUGGGGCGCCGCGAAUAUUGAUGUAAAUUUUCUAUGGGUUUGUUACAUUUAUAAUGCUGUGUAAACGGUUACCUGAUAACUGAUGGAGUUUAAUUCUAAAGAUUGCCAGAAUCGGUGCUCUUUUAUCCCGUUCUGUAUAUCUCCAGAGGUGUUAACAUUUUGCUGCAAUGCCGAUAGAUCUUUUUGUUCUUUUAGAUUUGUCUAUACUAUAUUUAGUCGAUUUAGAUUUAUUAUUAGAAUGUUAAUUGUAUUAUUUAUCUUUACACAUUUGGAAUAAAAUGCAUUUUGGCGUAAUAUUGGUUGCCAUAUGAUUUUUGAUGCAUUCGCAGGAUUCAUUUGAAAAACCUCCACAUUACUUUAAGGUCUUGUCACAAUAUAUCAUUGUAUGAUAAUUAUUUUACCUAAAACAUCAUCAGAAUUUGGUACAUAAUGUCUUAUGUGAAUUAUAAAUAAAUUACUCUUUUUCA